GGGGAAGAAACCUUUGAAAACUGGCUGAUCCAAGUCAAUGGGGUCCUGCCCGAUUGGAACAUGUCUGAGGAGGAAAAGCUCAAGCGCUUGAUGAAAACCCUUAGGGGCCCAGCCCAGGAGGUCAUGCGUUUGCUCCAGGCCGCCAACCCCAAUCUAAGUGUGGCUGAUUUCCUACGGGCGAUGAAACUGGUGUUUGGGGAGUCAGAAAGCAGUGUCACCGCCCAUGGUAAAUUUUUUAACACUUUGCAGGCACAAGGGGAGAAAGCCUCCCUUUAUGUGAUCCGUUUAGAAGUGCAGCUCCAGAAUGCUAUUCAGGCAGGGAUCAUAGCUCAGAAAGAUGCAAACCAGACUCACCUGCACCAGCUCCUUUUAGGAGCUGAGCUAAAUAGGGACCUGCACUUUAGGCUGAAACAUCUUCUCAGGAUGUAUGCAAAUGAUCAGGAGCAUCUUCCUAAUUUCUUGGAGUUAAUCAAGAUGAUAAGGGAAGAAGAGGAUUGGAAUGACACUUUUAUGAAACCGAAACGGCCCAAAAGGUAUGAGCUAAUCUUAGAGAGGGCAGCAAGCCCUGUAGCAUUUCAGGGCCCCCAGCCAAUAGCAACCAGCAGCACCAACUGCAACGUGAUAGAGGUAGAUGAUACCCUUGAUGACUCAGAUGAGGAUGUGAUCCUGGUGGAGUCUCAGGACCCUCUACUUACAUCCGUCGAUGCCCCGCCCCUCAGAGGCAGGGCCAGACCUCUCGAUCCAAUACUGGUCACUGAUUCCUCCAACAGUUCCCGGGCUCAAUCUCCCACCAGUGGGGGUUCUGGGUAUAAGAAUAAUGGUCCUGGGGAUACGCGUAGAGCCAGGAAGCGAAACUACACAAUCUUCUGUUCUUAUUGUGGUGAGGAGGGCCACUCAAAGGAAACCUGUAAGAGUGAGAGCAACAAGGCCCAGGUGAUAGAGAAUCUGAUCAUCACCCUGCAGAAGCUGACACAUACAGAGGAGAGGUCAAAAGAGAUUCCUGGUGAACACAAUGACCUCUCUGGGCCUCUAGUAAGGUGCUAGAAUGAGCCCUAAGUGAACCCUUAACUGUAUUCAGAUGGGAAAAAGAGCAGGGGUGGGAGUAGAUUUCUAUCUGCAUUAAUUAAUCCACAAAGUGGCUUUAUUGUGGGCAGAAGAGGUCUUGGAUAUCACCAAAGUGGAGGGGAUAGCCUGAACUCUGUCCCUGCUCCCUCCUCUGUCUGCCUAAGGGUCUAUUCUGUGUGUGUGUCUGAUUCCUUGAUGACUAUUCUUUUUAUGAAAGGAGUAGAACUCUGUUAAACCUUCACAAAAUGAAGGAAAAUACAAAUUACCCAAAACUCUUCAUCCUUAUAUAAACAUUGUCAGUCCUUUGAUGAAUGCCCUUCUAGGUAUUUCCCUGUAACUGUGUACCCAGAUAGAUAUAUGUAUAGAAAAGUGAACAAAUAAAAGUGCUGUUCUAUACUGUG